GCCCGGCUGCACAGGAAGUACAGCAACACACAGCAAUGUUUGCUAGUUAGCAGCAGGCUAGCACAUUGAUGACUGUUUCUCACUCAUCAAAUUAGCUUUGAACGCAACAUUAUUUAUAAGUUAAUGACGGUCCGUCGACAUCAGGACCAUGUCGGACAGAAAGCGAACAAAAGAGAAGGAGGACAGACGAGACCACAAGAGACACAAGUCCUCAAAACAUGAUAUGGAGAAAGUCAAGACACAAGCGAAAAAAAUCAACCAAGAAGUCCAAAAGCUGAAACACGUCGAGACGUUCUAUGAGAAACCUCCACCAGGACUCAUAAAGGAACAUGAGGAAAAACCGGAGGACUGCAUUCCUGCAGAGCCAGGAAAUGAGGAGGCCAGGAGCUUCCUGGCUCACGCCCCCACCAAGGGGUUGUGGAUGCCUCUGGGGAAGGAGGUGAAGGUGAUGCAGUGCUGGAGAUGCAAACGCUACGGCCACCGGACAGGAGACAGAGAAUGUCCUUUCUUCAUCAAAGGCAACCAGAAACUGGAGCAGUUCAGAGUGGCUCAUGAAGACCCGAUGUACGACCUAAUUCGGGAAAACAAAAGGAAUGAAAAAGAAACCAGGAUCCAGCAGCUGCAGCAGCUACUCCAGGACACCACCUCCUCCUCUUCCUCCUCCGACUCAGACAGCUCCUCCACAUCCUCUUCCUCCUCCUCCUCCUCCUCUUCCUCCGACCACCACCGCAGCAAGAAGAGGAAAAAGAGGAAGGACAAAAAGAAGAAAGACAAGAAGAAGAGAAAAAGGAAGCGAAAGCACAAGUCCUCCAAAACCAGUGACUGCUCAGAGUCAGAUUGAGUGUUUGUAGCUCUGAUAUAUGUAAACUAUGUGCUUUAAACAUAGGAAGAGACGGUGAAUGAAGCGGCAACAAAGGUAGAUCUUACACAGAGGAGGAAGUGAGCUCCGGUUCACCGGUAAGAACUGCAGUCAGGAGGCCUCCUGAAGGUUUUUUUUUUCUCCGCAGGUUGAAACUCGUAAAAACUGAGUGUGAACUGCACAUGACUUCUCGCAGCUGUUUCAUUUGCUCGAGGGCUGCAUUUACGUCCCCGCUGUUACAUCAUACAUUAAGAGAGUCAUAUGGAAUAGCUGCUUAAGUAAGUGUGUGUGUACAUGUGCCUCGGCGCACGUGUGCGUUGAAAGUCAUUAGCCGCACGAGAAUCCUGAAGCGAUACGGAACGAGAUACUUCUUUCACGAGGUCUAAUAAGAUAGCAUGUCAGCAAAUACAGUGUGUCAUUAAGAGAUUGUAUUUUCCACCGUAUUUUUUUACCCCUACCAUUUUGCUUGGUAUGAAAUACUUUGAUUGUAGAAA